UACUAACAGAUAAAAUGUUGUUUGGCGCUGCAGUGGUGGUGUUUGCUUUAGGGUUCCAUGUUAUACUUGCUGAUGAACCAAAGUGUUUAUCCAGAUUUGAUUAUGAUGAAAAGAUGCUGCUGAAAUUGCUCCGCAUAGAAGAUAAGCUUGAACACUUUGAACAAGUCAUACAAGACCUGAAAUCAGUCGAGCUUGAAAACCUGAAACAAACGGAUCAGCAGCUUCAAAUGGAGAUGAAUGUUUUUCAAGAAAAAAUUAAAACCACAGCAGAACAUAGUCACAAGACGACGACUCUGUUGACUAACUGUCAGGAUAACAUUUCAAUGGUUAAUGCAUCUGUUGGCUUGUUGCAGAUGCAAAUUAUAGAGGAGAGAGGUCCCACUAUUGCCUUUUUGGUAAGGGGUCCAAAAUACGAAUCAGGACGAGUUGUAUUCAACGAGGAAGUAUUUAACGAAGGAAAGGCCUUUACACCUGCGACUGGUGAGUUUUUGGCACCAUUGUCGGGCCUCUACUAUUUCAGCUUCAAUCUGUUGGCAUCGUCAUCAAACACUCAUAUGUAUUGCCAUUUUUAUAAGAAUCGUGACGAUUAUAUUGUAUAUACAUACGCAGAUGGCACAUCUUCUUCCUACGACAGUGGCAGUAUGUCAGCGUUUAUCACCCUGAAAAAGGGGGAAAUUUUCAAUGUAGGGAGUUGUGCGGGAACUCCAAGUGUAUCAUUUAUUGCAGGCACUGCAUUGACUGGCGCCUUGAUUAAAGUUGACUACGUUUAG